AUGGGAGAUCUUGAGAACAAUUCUCCACAUCCAAGGACCGAGAAGGAUGCCCUCAACAGGAUCACAUUCUUAACAACUGCAGGAAUGUCUGUGUUGGUGUUCCAAGUAUGCCUUUUAGCGGGUCCAUUAUACUCAAAGGAUACUUCAAAUCUUCAAAUUGGCCUCAUUGAAUUUAUAACCUUGAUUGAAGCCUCACUAUUUGCAUCAGUAUUUGGCUUUCUUGUCGGCUACAGACCAGUUAUCCUAGUCGGUUUUUCGAUUAGUACCUUAUGGCCUAUCGGUGCCCAGAUGUCGAAAACUUACGAGUCUAAUCUGCUUAAAAACAUCGCCUUCAUCACCAAAUGGCUCUGUGUUAUUGUUAUUCAAGGGAUGGUUUUGACAACUAUACACCACUUCAAAGAUCUCGGCAAACAGAAGUUCUCGAUUAUCGGCCUACUAGGCAUAGCACUUACUUUCGGUGCUAACAUGGUUGCCGUUGUUGCUGUUCCUGGCGAUUGGCUUGCAAUUGUGUUUGGUGUUUACUCUUUGGCAAUGCUUAUUCUCCUGUACUUUACCGUUCCUGAUACUCCUCGCUGGCUCGAGGAAGUAAGCUUCACAAAGUUGUUGCCUCAUGUUAUUGGAUAUUUUGGAAAUGCACUAGCAACAUUUGUUUGGCUCCAGUACAAUUCAUUUUUCAAAGGCUGGCUCUUUGGCACUUUGUUUCUGGUGGCUUGUUUUGCAGCCGGCAUCUACAGCUUGAUUGUGCUCAAUUACGGAUUUCCAAAUCGCUGGAAAGAAGAAUUUCAGGCAAGGCGACAAACAUCUGCGGAAACCUUAUCGUGGUAUUCCAUUGAGUAG